UAGUGGCUGUGCUGUGAACCAUCCCUGGCUUCUAGAGCGGUUGCGGGACGCACGGUUUAUGUUGAACAAAUGUGUACACACUAGAACAAAUAAGGCUGACAGCAAAGAGGAGGCUGGCCUAUUCACUUGUCCCCCCAUACUGCCCAAGCCUCACUGACAAUGGCUGAGAGGGAGGGUGACGAUGCUGAGGCUUGGCUACGGCUGAAGCCCGUGGAGCCCCUGCCCUCCCAGUGCUGCGGCAGUGGCUGCUCGCCCUGCGUGUUCGACCUCUAUUACCGAGACCUGGAAAGAUGGGAAACAGCCCAAGCCAGGAAUGACAGGAGCCUGCUGAGUGGGAAGCAGCCACCUGAGAGCCAGGGCUGUCCUACCAAGCUGAGUCCAGAGACUUUCCUGGCCUUCUGCAUCAGCACCAUGGAGAAGAUCACCAAGGACACCUAUCUCAUCCGGUUUACACUGCCUGGGAACAGUCAGCUCGGCCUGCUUCCUGGGCAGCACCUCAUCCUACGAGGUGUAGUAGAUGGCUUAGAAAUUCAGAGAGCCUACACUCCCAUCAGCCCUGUCACCGCAGAAGGAUACUUUGACGUUUUAAUCAAGUGCUACCAGACCGGGCUGAUGUCCCGCUAUGUGGAGUCCUGGAGAACAGGAGACACAGCUUUCUGGCGAGGGCCUUUCGGAAGCUUCUUCUAUGAACCAAAGAAGUACGGUGAACUGCUCAUGCUGGCGGCCGGCACAGGCCUGGCCCCUAUGGUGCCUAUUCUGCAGAGUAUCACAGACAACGAAGACGACGAGACCUUUGUCACCUUGGUCGGCUGCUUCAAGACCUUCGAGGGCAUCUACCUGAAGACCUUCUUCCAGGAGCAGGCUAGGUUCUGGAAUGUGCGAACCUUCUUUGUCCUCAGUCAGGAGGUCUCCCCAGAGCAGCUUCCCUGGAGCUACCGCGACAAGACCCACUUCGGCCGCCUGGGCCCGGAGCUGGUUGAUGAACUGGUGGCCGGCUGCCGGAGAAAGCCGUUCACAUUAGUGUGUGGCUCACCUGCGUUUACUGAGGACAUGGCUAGGUGUUUGCUGUCUGCUGGCCUGACUCAGGACUCCUUCUUCCUCUUCUAGCCCUGGCCUUGGACCUUAAUCAGGGGUAGAGACAGGAGCCCAGACCAGAGUCAGAAGACAUGGAGUCCAGGCCUGGCCCUGCGGCCGACUCACAGACCUUGGGCAAAUGUCACCACCCUGGGAACUUCCUUUCCUGUCUGCCUCAUCCUGCCGUGUGGAGGGAGGCCAGCAGUCCUGGGAGUCAGGGAAGACGCUCGCUCCAAGGAGCCAAGCAGAGCCUGCUGCGCUCAGCCUGGUGAAGGACAGGACAAGGGCGAGGAGCCCCCUGUCCUCCAGAGCCAUCAGUACUGAGAAAGGACUUGGGGAAAAGCUCCGAGCUCUCGGGAGGACCUUAACCUCGGUGCCUCCUGUGGGUGAACCUGACCAUGUGCUGAAGGCCUUGGGGCUGUGACCUGACCGUGUUCUCAGACCACGGCACUGCCGUGGAUCGGAUCAUCUCUGGAUCCAUGACAAGUCUUUCCUGCUAUGAUGAGCUUCACCCCCAGUGUCUUUCCUGGCUCAGGAGGCCAGCUCAGAGUCCUUUCCCCACAAAAGAAGAGGAACAGAGGCAAAUGCCCCUCCCUCCUGCAGGCAGCCACAUAGCCUGAGCCUUCAGCUCUCGGUGCCCUGGCGACGGUUGCUAUGGAGAUCUAAAGAUAGAGCAGGAGUCAGGAGACCUGGGUCCCUCUCCCAGCUCUGCCCACUGAGUGGCUGCUGAUCCAGGUCCACCCAGCCCCCACCUCCACCUCCUCUAUCCUGCACAGGGGCAUGCCCUCUCCAGGGAACUCACUGCCCCUGGGCAUCACUUGACUUAAUGAAUUCCGCUUUCCACAGCCUGGGCCCCAGUGUGCUGCGCCAGCACAGGCUAGACAGGCAGUCCCAGACCUCUAGUGCUCAGCAGUGCAAUGUUGGAAGCUGAGAGCCAGGAGCCUUCAGGAUUGGGCAUUUAAAACUAUGGAGUGCAAUCUCCGCCACCCCCAUAGCAGAGCCCAGACGCCAGCAAGCCCUGUCCUGCAGACUGAGUGUACACAUGGGUAAACCAAGGCCUGAAUGACUCACCCAAGGCAAAUGCCAAGACAGCCCUACAAGCUUCCCAUUUCCCCUCCCCUCCCCCUACAACACACACACACACACACACACACACACACACACACACACACACACACAGCCUGUGGCUGUACACCAUGCUUUCAAAGGACUCUACAGGCCAUGGGGGAACCUUGCCCAGAUGGCAGCAGGAAAGAUGGCUGGAGGGAUUUCCCAGGUCCCCUUCAGUCACAGCAGGUCUGUUUUUUUUACCUCAUCUUCAUGGGGCAUGGAGGAAUUUUUGUCAAAAAGGACUUUCCUAUCCCACCCUGAAAAAUCACAAUAAAGAACUAUGCUGUUCAGUCCAUA